AUGCGCGCCGUCGCCUUGGUUGUCAUCGCAGCAGGUCGGUGUUUCUUUUUGAAUUUUUCACUUCCUCUCUACAACUAUUUGCUCUAUCAUGAUCUUAUCUGA